ACGAUAGCCUCACAAAUCUACUUAACGAAUAGAUCCUCCAGGAGCUCGUACUUCUUUGUGAAAUUGAAGUCGUUGAACUGUUAAAGAAAAACAUUGGGUAAAACUAACCUCAAAAUACCCAGAUCCCCAUAAACCUCCACAGAAUGAUGAAUUCGUCAGAUCCUCGUCGUCCUGACAAAGAAAUCAGGUACAAACCGUCAGUGGCAAGCGGCCAAGCUCAACCCGGAGAUGACUUGACACCAGACUACAUGAAUAUCCUGGGCAUGAUAUUCAGCAUGUGUGGACUGAUGAUGAGACUGAAGUGGUGUGCCUGGGUGGCUCUCUACUGCUCCUGCAUAAGCUUCGCCAAUUCACGAGUUACCGAUGACACCAAACAAAUACUGAGCAGCUUCAUGCUGUCAAUAUCCGCUGUUGUCAUGUCAUACCUCCAGAAUCCACAGCCUAUGACACCUCCCUGGGCAUCGGCACUUCAAUAAUUCUCGGUUAUUUAUCAAUUGUGUUCAGUUUACACUUUUUCAAGGGUCAAUUAAAGUUAUAAAAAAAUUUAA